CAUAGAUAGAUAGUGAGGGAUAGCAUAGCAUAGCAUAGCAUAACAUAUAUAUAGAUAGAGAGAGAGAGUAGAUAUAUAAGUAGAUAACAUGGUUUUCUACUGUAUUUGUGGCGGGUGCAACAACUCCAGCAAAAGUGGACAUAGGGUACAUUGCUUCCCCAAGGACAAAGGGAUUCUCCGAAGCUGGGUGCAAUUUGUCAAGGUUAGGCGGGCAGAUUUUUCAGCUAGCUCUGUUACCGCGUACUCCAGAAUAUGCAGCGCGCAUUUCAAGGAGGAGGAUUACCACCCAGGGGAUGCCAAGAUGGUCUCACUUGGUUUAAAGAGUAAGAGGACGGCGAAGUUAAUUCCUACCGCCGUGCCGUCUGUGCAUGCAAACCACUCUGCCUGCCCUGUCCCGAGGUCGAGAGACACCGUCUGCCGCAAGCGAGAGAUUGCCACGAUGUUGACAGACGCCUCACAGCAGGAGACCGUGCACAGUGUAGACACUGUGGAGAGUGUCGAUACUGGGGAUCAGCCCUUGCCCUCCUCCACUUCUGAUGCUGGGACACAAUGUUAUUUGAAGCCCCCCCGAUGGUCUCACGCUGUGCAGGUUAACCUGAAGCCCAAGAUGGUUAGCGUGGGCACACAGACUUCAAUCAGCCCACAAACCUCCACUCCCCUCGCUAGUCCUGAACAGACAGUUGACGACGAUGAUGAUGAUAAUGCCACUGUCAUCAGUGACUUGUCGUGGGUGCCCGAAGAGCCGAUGGAUGAGGAGGAAUUGUUUGAUGAGGAGCCACCUUACACGUGUGACCCCCACCACAAUUGCAUUGACAAAUUCAUUGUUUGCCAAGAGGAGCUGAUGGGCCUUUUUGCCAUCUGUCCGGCCUGUUGUGAGAGGUCGGAUAGGAGCAUCGUGCAGCAGGAAGGAACUUUUGUUAAGAUCAAGCAGGUCUGUGCAUCAUGUGGCUACCACCGUUUCUGGCAAAACCAGCCAAUGCUCCACAGGAACAUGCCAACCUGCAACCUCCUGUUAAGUGGGGCCAUUCAUUUUACUUGUUGA